GAGCUCGGCGGCUCGUAGGGCCGGGCGCUAUGUCCGCGCCGGGCGGUGGCAGGAGCGGCCCCGCCGAGUGGGGCGGCUUUGAGGACAACAUGCAGGGCGGCGGCUCCGCCGUCAUCGACAUGGAGAACAUGGACGACACGUCGGGUUCCAGCUUCGAGGACAUGGGCGAGAUGCACCAGCGCAUGAAGGAGGAGGAGGAGGAGGAGGCGGAGGGCGAGGCGGGGGCCGGCGGGGAGGAGGACGGCGAGUUCCUGGGCAUGAAGGGGCUGCAGGGGCAGCUGGGGCGGCAGGUGGCCGACCAGAUGUGGCAGGUGGGGAAGAGGCAGGCCUCCAAGGCCUUCAGCCUCUACGCCAACAUCGACAUCCUGCGGCCCUACUUCGACGUGGAGCCCGUCCAAGUGCGCACCAGAUUGCUGGAGUCCAUGGUUCCCGUGAAGAUGAUCAAUUUCCCACAGAAGAUCGCAGGUGAGCUUUAUGGACCCCUCAUGCUGGUCUUCACGCUGGUGGCCAUCCUUUUGCAUGGGAUGAAGACCUCGGACACCAUCAUUAGGGAAGGCACACUGAUGGGCACAGCCAUUGGCACCUGCUUUGGUUACUGGCUGGGAGUCUCCUCUUUCAUCUAUUUCCUGGCAUAUCUGUGUAAUGCCCAAAUCACGAUGGUGCAGAUGCUGUCGCUGUUGGGCUAUGGCCUUUUUGGACACUGCAUCACUCUGCUCGUCACCUAUAAUAUCCACUUCCAUUCCCUCUUUUAUAUUUUCUGGUUAGUUGUUGGUGGACUCUCUACACUGCGGAUGGUUGCUGUGUUGGUGUCGCGCACGGUGGGGCAUACCCAGCGGCUCAUCCUGUGUGGAACUCUUGCCGCUCUGCAUAUGCUUUUCCUCCUCUAUCUGCACUUUGCUUAUCACAAGGUGGUUGAAGGCAUCCUGGACACAUUGGAAGGACCCAACAUGCCACCCUUUCAGAGAGUUGCCAGAGACAUUCCAGUUGUUUCCAACGCUGUAUUAAACACAACAGCCAAAGCCAAUGCAAUGACCCUGUAAUUGCACAGUCUUGGACUUGCUUCCUUCACUACUUUCAGGGCUGCAUAGGCUGUAGUAGCCUGCUUCCUCUUGGGAAAGGAACAGAACAGCAGGGAUAAGACUUAGUUUUGUUUUGCCUUCCUGGACCUGUCUUUUGGGUUGCAGUUCUGCACAGCUGUGUGGACAGCACCUCUGUGACUCGGGAGGACUACGCUCUUCCACCCACCCAGAUCUGGGCUGUCUUGAGUAGAGUGGUUCUAUUGCCUGCAUGUUUAGCUGGGAUUUCCUAGCUCAGUUAGUCCCUUACCCCUUUUUCUGCUUGCACAUGUAACCCCAGGACUGUCUGCUCUGUUCCUGUCCUGAAGAGGGAAGAAUUAAAUUGAUGUUGGUUUUGAAUGAUGUCUUAUUUUUGAGCCUACUUAUGUAACGGGAGAGUGCUGUGGGGGUCUCUAUGCCUUGAUUUGUCUUGUCUAGAAUCAAAGCAUAACUCUUUGCA